UAGCACUGCAUGUUUACAGCCAUUCAUAAGCAUUACACCCUGGAUGACUGGAAGCUUUUUGCCAAGAAGCACCCAGAAUGCUUGCAGCAUGUAGCCGUAAGCUCGGGCAGUGGGCAGAAUGAUCUGGAGAAGAUGAGCAGCAUCCUGGAAGCUGUGCCUGAGGUUAAGUUUAUCUGCCUGGAUGUGGCCAAUGGGUACUCGGAACAUUUUGUGGAGUUUGUGAAGCUCGUUCGGGCCAGAUUUCCAGAGCACACCAUUAUGGCAGGGAACGUGGUAACGGGAGAGAUGGUAGAAGAGCUUAUCCUUUCUGGAGCAGAUAUAAUCAAAGUGGGAGUUGGGCCAGGUUCUGUGUGCACCACCCGCACGAAGACCGGCGUGGGCUACCCACAGCUGAGUGCAGUGAUCGAGUGUGCAGACUCCGCCCACGGCCUCAAAGGUCAUAUCAUCUCCGAUGGAGGCUGCACGUGUCCAGGAGAUGUCGCCAAAGCCUUCGGAGCUGGAGCCGACUUCGUCAUGCUGGGAGGAAUGUUCUCGGGCCACACCGAGUGUGCGGGAGAGGUGAUCGAGAGGAAUGGGCAGAAGCUCAAGCUCUUCUACGGGAUGAGCUCCGACACAGCAAUGAAGAAGCAUGCAGGCGGGGUGGCUGAGUACAGAGCUUCAGAGGGCAAGACUGUGGAGGUGCCUUACAAAGGGAGUGUGGAGAACACGAUUCUGGAUAUUCUCGGGGGACUGAGGUCGACCUGCACGUACGUGGGGGCCGCUAAACUCAAAGAGCUGAGCAGGCGGGCAACCUUCAUCCGGGUGACCCAGCAGCACAACACCGUGUUCAGCUAA